AAACAACAAACCAAAAGUUUAAAAAUUAACAAAGCCAUGCAGGAGGUUUGCACCACUCUGGACACAUCCGCGAUGGGUACGCAAAUCAAGUCAGAGUCGCCCCUCAACCCACUGCAGGUGCAAACUGGCCAGACCUCGCUGCCAGUGGGUGGUGGAUGCGGUGGUGUCGGCGGUGCUGCCGUCGUGGGUGGUGUGGUGGGAGUUGGCCAGCCCGGAGUCGGUCAGCAGGGGGCACCACCGGUGCCGGCGGUGAUGCUGGUUAACAAGAUGGCUCCGAACUGUGAUAAACGGGCCGCGGACACGGCCUAUUGGAUGGCCGCCUCCGAGGGCGGAUUCAUCAAUUCGCAGCCGUCGAUGGCCGAGUUCCUCAAUCACCUGAGCCCGGAGAGUCCCAAAAUUGGAACACCUGUUGGCUCCGGCGCCAUCGGCGGAGUGGGCGUCAAUGUUAAUGUCAAUGUCGGGGUCGGAUAUCCGGUAGGCGUUGUCCCUCAAACGCCGGACGGCAUGGACUCGGUGCCUGAGUAUCCUUGGAUGAAGGAGAAGAAGACAUCCCGCAAGAGCAGCAACAACAACAAUCAGAGUGAUAACUCCAUAACUGAAUUCGUUCCAGAAAACGGCCUGCCCCGACGUCUUCGCACCGCGUACACCAACACCCAGCUGCUGGAGCUGGAGAAGGAAUUCCAUUUCAAUAAAUAUUUAUGCCGCCCAAGGAGAAUCGAAAUAGCAGCCAGCCUGGAUCUGACCGAGCGACAGGUAAAGGUUUGGUUCCAGAACCGCCGCAUGAAGCACAAGAGGCAGACGCUCUCCAAAACGGACGACGAGGACAACAAGGACAGUCUCAAAGGUGACGAUGAUCAGUCCGAUAGCAACUCCAAUUCGAAGAAAUCGUGUCAAGGCUGCGAGCUGCCCUCCGAUGAUAUUCCGGAUUCGACGUCCAAUUCCCGGGGCCACAACAACAAUACCCCGAGCGCCACCAACAAUAAUCCCAGUGCCGGAAGCCUGACACCCAAUUCCUCUUUGGAAACGGGCAUUUCGUCGAAUCUUCUGGGCAGCACCACCGUAUCCGCCUCGAAUGUGAUCAGUGCCGACUCCAGUGUGGCAUCUAGUGUCAGUCUGGACGAGGACAUCGAGGAGAGCCCCAUCAAGGUGAAAAAGAAAGAGGAGGGACAGAUAAUCAAAAAGGAGGCCGUUUCCACCUCGUCCAAAGCCUCGCCCUUCGGCUACGAGAACUCCACACCCAGUCUGGUCAACUUUCGGCGGGAUUCGGAAUCAUCCGCCGCCGGAAAUACACCCACCGCAAAGGUUGGUGCCAAGAAGCGUUUCCAGAGCGUUGCAAAUGCCAUUGCCACGCCCACGCCACUCGGCGACAGCAAUGGUGGCAAUGGUGCAGGUGGCGGCUACUUUCCUGGCUACUAUCCUAGUCCCAAGCAGCAGCAGCAACAUCAGAUGCAGCAGCAAUUGCAGCACCCGCAGCAACAGCAACAACCACAGCAGCAACCGCAGGACUAUUACGGCAAAUACGAUAUUGAAUUCGCCAGCUCACCACACCACAAGCAGGCGCUGCACGGCGAAUAUCUAAGUCCCAAACCAAAUGCUGCCGGUUUUCACCAAAACAGUCAACAACAGCAGCAACAGCAGCAACAACACGAGCAGCAGUUCUACUACAACUACAACGACUCCAAUGGUAGUGCGUACAUGAACCACCAGCAACACCCCCACCAGCAGCAGCACCAUCAUGUUAACGACUUCGAUGGGCCUCCUGUUAAUGGGCCAAACAACUUUAACAAUGGCUCGUACUACGAUAAUAUGAAUUUCCAGCACCAGCACCAAUCCGUAGUAUUUCAACAGCAACAACAGCAGCAGCAACAACACCAGCAAGCGGCAAUCAAUCAACAGCAGCACAUGCAUCACCUGGGAGCCGGUGAGACCUACAGUGCAUUGGGAUUGCAAAUGGAGAACUGCGAAGGCUACAACAACUUUGGAAGCGGUGGGGGAGGCAGUGCCAGCGGCUACUACGAGGCGGGUCAACAACCCCCCGGCCCAGCCGCCCACUCCCAUGGCCAUCACCCCCAUGCCCACCCACAUGCUCACACACAUCCGCACCACGUGCAGGUCCAGGCGCAGGCGCAUGCCCACCUCCAUGCCCACCACAAUCCGGCAGCAGCCCAGGCGACCGGAGUGGGGGUUGGUCCUCCGCCACCGCCGCCAUCGCACAUCCAUGGUUUCGCCUUGAACGGAGGGGGACCUGCGGCCCAGGGAUUCGGGAAUGGCGCCAAUAACGCGGCAGGAGCCGCCAUCGGGGGCCUGGAGAAUUCGAACAGCUCCUCGGACUUUAACUUCCUGAGCAACCUGGCCAACGAUUUUGCGCCGGAGUACUACCAACUCAGUUAGUUCAUGUAGGAGGCAGCCAGCAGUCAUCCCGAGGACCCUGUAAAUAGCUCUUAGCCCAAUUCGAGCCCAGUGCGCGAGAGUCGUGUAGUUCCCGUCAGUGUUGUUGUAGGCACAUAGCACUUUCCGUAGCACAUAUCUGUAAAUACCUACGAUCUAGCCCCCAAUCAAGAGUUCUAUUCCAUUCGUACUUAGGCUAAAGGAAUAUUAAAUGUCUAUAAGUUUUCUGUUGGCUCCAAGUCAAACGGAAACCCUGCCGCGAAGAUUCCAUUCAGAAAUAAAAGACGAUAAUUGUACAUAGUUAGAAAAAUGUAAUACCUUUUCCACAAGUCACUUAAAGAGCCUUUAAUUAAUUGUGUUUUGUAAAUAUCUAAUGUAGCUUAAAUCAAAAAAUAAAAACUGUCAUUAAAUCGUAACUUUAAGAACUAGAAAUCAAAAUUUGAAUCCCUCCCGAUUCGAGUGCAAUUUCGCAAAGAAAACCUAUGAUUUAGAAUCCUAAGAAGCUCUCAAUUAUUUCAAUGUU